AUGGUUUCUUACGAUAUUGAAAAAGAAUCGUUGGAAAUUGGGUUAAUAGGUCUGGGUGAUAUGGGUCAGUUGUACGCAAAUAGAAUUGUAGCAGCUGGUUGGAAAAAAGUGAAUAUAUGUGACCAACCUAACCAGUAUGAAAAAUUUAAAGAAUUAUUUAAAGAUUGUGGAAUGAAUGUUUGUCGAGAUGGUCAUGCAGUGUCUAGACGAAGUGACUUUAUAAUUUAUUCCGUCGAAGCGGAAAAUAUUGAUAGGGUCGUGGCGGAAUAUGGUCCAUCCACGAAACUUGGUGCAAUUGUGGCCGGUCAGACAUCAGUCAAAGAACCUGAAAUUCGCGCCUUCGAGAAACAUCUUCCCGAUGAUGUUCAUAUCGUCUCAUGUCAUUCGCUUCAUGGCCCAACUGUGGACUCAGAAGGUCAGCCAUUGGUGAUGAUUCAACAUAGAGCCUCCAAAGAGAAGUUUGAAAUCGCCUUACGCAUAUUAUCCUGCAUGGAUUCUGAAGUCGUAAAAUUAUCGUAUAAAGAACAUGAUCGGAUUACUGCAGAUACUCAAGCAGUAACUCACGUCGCAUUUUUAAGCAUGGGAACCGCGUGGAAAACUCAACGACAAUUUCCAUGGGAAACUCCACAAUACGUGGGUGGAAUAGAAAAUGUCAAAGUUCAUAUGGCGUUACGUAUUUAUUCAAAUAAAUGGCACGUCUAUGCUGGUUUGGCAAUUAUGAAUCCAAGUGCUAAGACACAAAUUCAACAAUACGCUCAAUCCGUUUCCGAUUUAUUUAAAUUAAUGAUUCAAGAGAAAGAGAAAGAAUUUAAAUCGCGAGUUAAAAAGGCGGGAGAAUUUGUUUUUGGUGAAUGUUCUGAUUCACGUGAGCCUAUUCUAUUAUCGGAUACUCUUUUGGAUAAAUAUUCUUUAUCUAUUGUUCCGAAAGAUAAAAGAAAACCAAAUUCACAUCUAUCAUUGUUGGCCAUGGUGGACUGUUGGUAUACAUUAGGGAUUAAUCCUUAUGAGCAUAUGGUUUGUCAAACUCCGUUAUUUCGACUUUGGACUGGUAUUACGGAAUAUUUAUUCCGUAAUGCGGAAAUGUUGGAAGAAGCGAUUCAUUCAGCAUUAUACAGUAAAGAUAUUAGAGCGGAUGAUAUGGAAUUUUAUAGCGCGUCAAAAGGAUGGGCGGAAUGUGUUAAUAUUGGGAAUAUGCACGCUUAUCAAAAAAGAUUUGAAGAUACUGCAAAAUUCUUCGAGUCGAGGUAUAGUGAAGAAGAAACGAGUUUAUUAGUUUGUUGUUAUGUUGUAACAAAAUUGGAAGAGAGAUGA